AUGGAUGAAUCAUGGGAAAAAUGGUUUUCUAAUUUGGAAAUGGGUGAUGAUGAGUUUCAUGUGUUCAAUGAACACGACAUGAUGAUAUCUCUUGAGGAAGAAUUGAUGAAGGGAGAGAGUUCAGUGCCUCAUGAUUCGGAUUCUGCUAUCAACAACGACAACAACAACAUGGGCACUGACUCCACUGUGGUUUCAAAUGUUGCUGAUGAAUCGUUCCAUGCAAAAACUGAGAAGAGAAGAAGCAAUUUUCAGGCGCAACAGCACAUAAUGGCAGAGAAGAAGAGGAGAGAGAAACUCAGCACUAUGUUCGUAGAACUUUCAACCAUGGUUCCUGGUUUGAAAAAGGUUGGAUCAAGAUAUGUGUCAUUUGGAGAUGCUUCAAAGGCUGUAGCAAACGGUCGAGACACAAUUUUGUACUUGCAAAAGGAUGGUUGA